AUGAGAGCCUGCCCCAACAACUGCUGUCAAAAUCUCUAAUUUACCGAUUUUUGACGGUUUUUACUGUAGGGGAAUGAUACAUUACCUAAUUACGUGACCGUACACUACUGACUGGGAAUGUACAGCGGACUCCUGCCCAAAGGUUUAACCGAAGACGACCUCAGUCCAGAUGGCGAGGAGGAUGAGCAGGAGGGUGAUGUUGAGAAGAGAAGGGAGGCUGAGAAGUGUGUGAGCUCCGGUGAAAAGUUUAGCUCUGCCGGGGAAAACAGUGGUUCAGUGGUUGAAGCACAGUCGACACACGCUGCCAGCGAUGCAGACAGUGAUUUACCGACAUGUAGUAUGCCUGGUAUAUCCCAAGAAAUGUGGCAAAAAUUCCAGGAUCUACGCAAGAAAAAUGAUGAAAUGAAAGUCCCCAGGAAAAGAAAAAGAAGACGACACAGAAAAGGAGUGGAACGUGAGGAACCUACAGACACAAGCAGAGAGCGUCAGGAGGAGCGGGAGAAGCACUGGGAUGAGCUUAAGCAGUAUUUCGGUGUAAAUGAUCGAUUUCAUCCCCCUGCAUGUUCCAAACCCCCUCCGAAGUCCGGCCUAGAAAAGAGCAUAGAGAGGGCCAUAGCUGAAGGGGACAUUGCAAAGGCGGAGGAGAUGAGCGACAGACUCGCCACUCGAGAGCUGGCUGUGAAUAUCGCUGGAGCCGCUGAUUGCCGUGACUUUGUGCAACGCAAACAGGAAGAGGAAGCUUUGAGGGCAGCGCAGAAAAGGAAGAAGGCAAUAGCCUGGGGGUUUGAGGCGAAAAAACGAUGGGAAACCAAAAGCAACAUGGGCUUCAUGUGACACACACGGAGGAAGAGGAGAAAGACUGUGAUAUAUUUUAAGUUAAUUUGAUAAAAAAAUUUGUUUUUGUUUUUUUUGGCAGACUGAUCCUGUUUCUUUUUAUUCUUUUUGUAUAUUUUGAAGACUUCGCAACAGCAGAGGGCGAGGGGGGGGAGUCACAUAGUUGGCUGAGAAAAAACCAAUCCAGAGACUACAAGAGAGAAAAAUUAUGAAGCAUUCAAAUUAAUUCCUAAGGCGCCCACUGGUGUCUGCAUUGUGUUAUUUUUCAUUACAUUUCAGUGAUUUGAGCGUUCUGGCCUUUUUUUCCCCCUUCAAAUUAAAUCUGGUGUACAUUACUGGAUGAUGCGUUUAUUUAUUGCUGUAAAGUGGGUUAAUCAUGAAGGCGCUCCUUUCUUCUUCCGAGGAAGAGAAAGGAAAGAUUAGGGCCCUAAUGCAAUGUACAGGAUAAUGUGCUAUAGGAUUUGGGAGUAGAAAAUGAAAUUUGGCUGCUGUAAACAGUUGUGAGCAGUUGUAAACUGGAAGUUGAGUGAACGCUGUGAGGAGGGGGUGAGACAUGAAACAGAGGCUUUGCUGUUGGCCCUCACCCAUGCUGGGAGACAUGCUAUUGUAUCUCAGCCCGAACAAGAGGCACGCGCUGUUUCUCGAAGCCUACACUCGCCGCUCAUUGUGUGAAGAGCUCUCUUCAGCAUCUGUAAACUCGUCUAAAACCGUCGAUUCCUCCCGCUGUUGCUUUGAUCUUUUUUUGAUCUGCAGCGUUUGCCUCCGCAGCUACUCGCACUUCUGAAAUGCUCAUUCAGAUUCCAGGAAGAGUUAAUUGCAAACAGCAUGCAAAAAAGCACAAGAAUGAUAAUUACUUUUAUUCAUAAUGCUUGCUUAUAUUUUUUUCAACCAUAGAAAAUGAUUGCUUUGCUUCAAGGUAAUGAGAAUUAAAAUUAAUCCACCUAAGUUGUUUGCAUUGCACAUAUUUGGGCACUUUGUCCCCUGGUGAGGAGCCGUAUUCUCAUAGCUUUGCUGUGUAGGCUGAAUCUCUGUGAGGAAAAAUUAACUUCACGUCAGAAACAAAAGUUUUUAGGCAGCGGCGAUACAAAACACCUGAGCUGAAGAAACCUAGAUACAGCAUGAGUACAAAACCACACGCUGAAGAAUCAAGCUUUUUGGAUCACUUUACAUUCAAGUGAAUCACAUGACUGUGUGUCUCAGAGGCUGUCAGUCGGUGAGAAUUGAUGCUAAUUAAACUAUUAAUUAUCUCUGUAAUGAGACACGAGUUAAAACUGUGUUAAGCACAUCAAAGUACGACAUGGGAUUUCUUCACUUUGAUGAAAAUAUAUCUUGAGUGAGGAAACAUCAGCAGAUGCUUUCUUAACAGGACGAAAAGUAGCCCAAUUUUAGGGUCUUGGAAGGUUUUGGAUAAGUCCCACAUAGAGGACUGGAUUAAAGGUCUGCAGUUUUAUCAGAGAGAAUUGAUAGAUGCUGGUGUUGUGCAUGUUUUAUAAACAUUACACAACUUCUUCGAAUUAGGAGCUUUUCAACAAGGUUGUAUUCGAUUUAUCAUCUCAAUGGAAGAACCUGCAACAACAUUAAAACCAAAAGGCAAAAAAGCAAAGUUUUCCACAUGUAAAGGCCAUGUAGCCAUUUUUCAAAGCUAGCAGUUGUCAGUGAACAUGACCAGCACUGAUCCAGGAGCAGCGCAGCGCCGUAUCAAUAGCAUCUCACUUUAUUAAUCUCUUGGAACACAGGGUAAUGCCUUGAGCAGAGAUGAUUCUGCUUUUAAGCUGGAAAAUCCACUUCCCCCUCUCGUCAUGUUGAGGAGCUGUUUUCAAUAGUCUGUUACUGGAGGCCAAUCUUAGCCCCUGACCUAGGCUGAUUUGUUGUGAAAUUCCUUGGGCACAUGUCGAAACACUUCUAGGAAAAGUGUUUGUUGUGUGGAGGGUGGGUAAAAAAAAAAAAAAAAAACACAACAACAACAAUCCCAUUAAAUGGUUUGAAAGCUGCUGUU